AUGGCCAUUCUGCAUGACGGAGCCGUGGUCAAGUUCCUGCUGUUAUUGAUGUUGGGGCUCACCCUCCUGAAAGCAGGCGAUGCUGCCCCCAAAACACCCAAGAAUUGCCCCGCUCAGGAGGAGAGCAUUGUGCAGCUUGGCAUUAGCACUUUCAAUGAAAACCAGGGUGGUCCCAUUUUAUCAAACAUCAACAACCGUUCCACCUCCCCCUGGGAUUACAAACUCACCAAGGACCUGAACCGCAUUCCCUUUUCCAUCGCAGAGGCUGAAUGCAGGGCCAUCAGCUGCACUGGUGCCAAUGGGGAGUCAAACAGCUUCAUGAACUCCGUUCCCAUCCAUCAGGAGACCCUGGUCCUCCGGAGGGAGCCCCAGGGCUGCUCCCUUUUCAGGCUGGAGAAGAUACAGUUGGUUGUUGGGUGCACCUGUGUCACCCCUCGCAUCACCCGUGCAGACUGA